AUGGUUACCAUCAUUGUUAUCGUUAUCGUCACCGUCACUGUCACUGUUACCAUUACCGUUACUGUCAUUAUUACCGUAACCGUUAUCGUAACCAUUACUAUCAUCUUUACCAUCACUGUUACUGUCAUCGUCACCGUUAUUGUCACCGUUACAGUUACCGUUAUUGUUACAAUCAUCAUUACUUUCACUGUUACCGUCACCUUCACCGUCACUCUAAAAUGGUGCAAAACGAGCUAUUGGCCUUUAUAUAGGGCUCUCCAUGCAGUCAAGUAUUAUAGUUACUAUCACCUUUACCAUCACCAUUAUCGAUACCAUUACCAUCAUCGUUACCGUUAUCUUUACCAUUACCGUUAUCAUAACCGUUAUGUCAUUGUUACUGUCAUCGUUAUCGUAUCCGUUACCAUCAUCGUUAUCGUCACUGUUACCGUCAUCGUUAUCGUCACCGUUACCAUUAUCGUUACCGUUACUAUUACCGUCAUCGCCAUUGUCACCGUUAUCGUUACCAUCACCGUUACCAUUACCAUUACCAUCGCCAUUAUUGUUACUGUUACCGUCAGCGUUACUGUUACCAUCACCGUUACCAUUACCGUUACCGUCCGCGAUACCGUUUCUGUCACCGUCAACCUUACUGUUAUCGUUACGGUCACCGUCACCAUCACUGUUACCAUCACUAGCAUCAUUGUUAUUGUCAUUGUUACCAUCACUAAUAUUGUAAUUGUUACCGUUAUUGUAACCACUGCUGUCACCAUUACCAUCCUCGUUACUGUCACCAUUACCGUUAUUGUUAACAUCAUCGUUACCGUCACCGUUACUGAUACUGUUACUGUCACCUUCACUGUUAUGGUUACCAUUACCAUUAUCGUAACCGUUACUUUCACUAUUACCAUUACUGUUACUAUCACUGUCAUCGUUACAGUUUAA